AUGAAAGAAGAACCCCUAUCAGUUGUGAUUGAUUCUGGAAUGCCGAAUCUUUGUAUGAUCUGUUCUUCUAUAAAGUUGAAAAUUGGCGUGGAAAAGAGGAAGUUCACAAAACCGGCCCGUGGUGAUGAAACUCGAAUUAAAACACGUCGAACGGGCGAAAGGCGUCCAGGAGUUCUUUGUAGAGAGCCAUGGGUUGACCCGUCAACCGCAAAAGGAAAGGUUGUGCAUUCAACGACGUCUAAGAUGAAAAUUGGGCCUUUCAAAUUAAAACCCGGGGACUUAGAAGACUCCGAUUUAGAGUUAUUUAGUUAUAUUUUUAGGUCUAACAACCUUUCAAGUGACGAAAUUAUAAUUCAAAUUGAAAACAAACAUCAUGUCACGAGAGGUGAGUUCAUGUGCUUGAGGCCCGAAGAGUGGAUUAAUGAUGGAGUACUCAACGCACACGUGUAUUAUCUACAAGAAAAGGGGUCAGGGAAUUGGUACUUCCCCACAUAUAUGGCGGAGCAAGUUCAAAAUACAAGAGAUGGUCAACUUUUCGAAUUGGCUGUCAAACUGAGAAGGGAAAACACAAAUCGGUUCACCGUAGGGCUUAAGAAGUGCGAGAAGAUGUUCAUUCCCGUUUUUGAUCGAAUCGGGAGUCAUUGGUAUUUGAUUGUGGUGCUUCCUAGCGAUAAAAAAGUUGAAAUAUGGGAUAGCCUCCCCGGUCCUAAGUACAACGCAGGUCGUUAUCAACAAGCAGAACGAAUUAUGAAAGUGUUGGACCACAUUUACAAUGAGGAGAUUGUCAACUAUUUUGAAAAGGGAUGGCAGUUUGCAAAAUUCAACAUUGUGCGAACUGACAAGGCCCGUAGACAAGUAAAUGGAUGCGAUUGUGGUGUGUUCGUUAUGAAUUGGCUACAAGACAUUGAAUGCAGAUCACACGGUUCAAAUAAAUUUCAACAUGCAAGUGAGCGCGUUCGCAUUGCAGUAUCGUUGCUGAAGAACCCAAGAAACCGGCGUCUAAAGGAAGUAAGGGAGUCCGCUCGAAGAGUUGUCGACGAACAACUUGACAAGUUGGUCGAACAGAAGGAUCCCUUCAUCCCUCAUCAUCCCAUCGCAAGGAAGCCAAUAACACGCUCCCAGGCAAAGUAG